CAGACGUCCUGAAAAGCGGGUUUGACAGGCGCAUAAAACCUUUCGAGAGUCACAGAGAGUCCCAUUUAGUGUGUACAUUUAGAGACGUAAACACACAAACAGACACGCAAGUGAUGGACCAUUCUCAGGACGAGGCGCUGCUCCAGCGUGUGCCAAGCCAAGACAACGUCGUGAACCGAAGCACAGGGAGCUCCAAUGCAAAGGCGCUGAAGGUGACCGGACUGACGGUUCUGGCCUGUCUUCUGCUGGCCGGACAGGCGCUGACCGCGUACCUCGUCUGGGGUCAGAAGGAACACAUCAAUGCUCUGACCACCGGCCAGGAGAAGCUGAAGACCGAGCUCACCAGAAAGAUGUCCGCUGCUCCUCCAAAGGCGAUGCAUCUCCCCAUGAACAGCAUGCCGCUGCUGAAGGAUUUCUCUGACGAGUCCUCUGACCAGCCCUCCACCAAGAAGAAGAGCAGCAUUCCUCUCACUAAACUGCAACCAGUUUAUACAAACCAGAGAGAGGGCAGCGGACAAGCUGAUGCUUUCCGACUGCCAAAGACCAUGCGUCUGCCCAUGAAGAGCAUGCCACUGCUGCAGGUCCAGGAUGAGGAUGUGAAGAGCACUCCUGAAGCAGCUGUUGAGGUUCAGAGUAAGUGUCAGCUGGAGUCUCAGAGGGAGGUGAGGCCCGGCACCUACAAGCCUCAGUGUGACGAACAGGGCAACUAUAAGCCCAUCCAGUGCUGGCACAGCACCGGAUACUGCUGGUGCGUGGAUAAAGACGGCGCAGAGGUCCCCAAUUCACGCACUCGCGGACGACCCCAGUGCAGUUAAGAUGCUGAUUUUCUCGAGUGAAUCAGCACAUCCAGCGAUAAGGAGAAUAACUCCAGUCCUAUCAGCUCUCACUAGUUUCAGCUCCUGACGCUCAAUCACUCCAUACGGAUGAUAUUUGAUGGGAAUAAUCCAGUAACCUUCCUACUGAAGAUCUCUUCUUCUGAUCUGUGUUCAAAAUAAAUAAACAUACGCAGCAUAUUAGCAAUGGCCUAACCCUUAUUCUAAUAAUAUCUACAGUAAGUCUCCUGUGUGAUAGCAUUUCUCUGUUUUAGUUCAAUUUUAACUCACAGCAUGUUGUUAGACGUAACAUGAAUAUCACAGUGAUUAUGACUAUAAUAAACACAUGCUGUUUCCAAACA